GCUCUUGCAAUUCCACUCACGCUCAAAAGCAUACAGGUAACUGUCACGGAGGGCUUGUGUUUUAGAGACUAACACUCAGGACAGAACGAGAUCAUGGAGGGUUGUCGGAUUUUAAAAUUCUCGCUGGCUCUAUUUCUGUUGAUGAACAAUUGCCUUUUUUCCGUUUAUGGGCAAACAUUUAAGACCGGUACAAGGAAGAGCUCUUUCUCGUUUAAAUCGCCUAAAGCUGUCAGUUGGAAGCGACCGUCCGCAAAUGCACAACACAAUGUCCAAAUGCCACAAACGGUACAGAGGCCACAGACAGUGCAUAUUCCAAAUACUGCCCAACAAAACCAGCAGAAAAACCUUGCCCAACAAGGAUUUGCAUUUGGUCCGGAGCGGUCGGCACAAAAGUCUGCAUGGCAAAACCAACAGCAACAACAACCUACUCCAGUCCAAUAUCCACAAGCGGUGGGCUCAAAUCAGCAGCAACAAUUCCGAAAUUGGCAGACACCACAGCAACAACCAGAACCACCACAGCCAUAUCAGGCACAACAACCAAAACCACCGCAAACAUAUCAGCCACAACAACCUGAGCCACAGAAACCAGAGCCACAACAGUCCUAUCAGGGACAACAACCAGAACCACAGCAAUCAUAUCAACCACAACAACCUGAGCCGCCACAGCAACCUUACCAACCACCACAACCACAACAGCAGAUUCAGCAAUCUUGGCAACAGCAAUCUUGGAAUGGUCCGUCUCCUCAACAAGGCAUUCAAACGCAACCAGAACCAGUUCAACCAGUUUAUAGCCCACCUGAUCAGCAACCUUCACCACAGGUUUAUCAACCUCCUCAGCAACAACCUACUAACCCGCAAAAUCAGCAGCAAAAUUGGAAUCAAGUACCUGCUCAAAAGCCAGAACCCCAAUAUCCACCAACCCAAACUCAUGGCACACAACAACAACAACCUGCUCAGGCAAAUCAACAAUGGUAUCAGCCGCCAACACAAAAUACCCAACAUCAAGUAAAUCCACAGGGACAGCCAGCUCAACAACAAAUUGAAAGGUAUCAACCCCAUACUCAACCACAAGAGCCACAGGUUCAGUCUCCGAUCCAACAACAGACAUGGCAUCAGCCAGAGCAACCUCCUCAACAACAACCACAAGCCCAACAACCACAAGUCCAGCAACCGCAAGUCCAGCAGCCACAAGUCCAGAAGCCACAAGGUCAGCAACCUCAACCCAAUCAACCCCAAGUCCAACAGCCUCAGCAACAGCAGAGUAAGCAGUGGUACCAACAACCACAAGUCCAACCAGCUCAACCAGAACCACAACAGCCAACCCAGUGGUAUCAACCGCCAGAACAACAACGACAACCAAGAAACAAUCAGUGGCAACCUCAGCAACAACCGCAACAAGGAUUUUACCCGCCACAACAGCAACAGGGCAAUCAACAAGGACAUGGUGGACUUCCUGAAACAUUACAUUUAGGAACGACAACUCCCUCGAGCGCUUCCUUUGCCGAUUAUAUUCAGAAUCAACAACCACCACAACAACAACAGCAGCAACAACAACAACAACAAAAACCAAAUCAGGUUUAUCAACCCCAUCAACCAGUUCCACAGCAACAACCUCAGUACCAACCACCACAAGUAGUUCAACAAACACCUUUUGCUGGCAAACCAGUACCUCAUCAGGGUCAUGCACCAUCUAAUAUUCCUGUUGCGCCAGUUAAGCCAAUUUUUGCUGGUAGACCAGAUCCCAUUACCCCCGCGCCUCAUGCUCCAUGGACCACGCCUGCCAUUUACAAACCUACCACCCCCGCAUAUGUUCCACCAACCCCAGCUCCUGUGUUCACAACACCAGCUCCCCCUGUGUCCUCUACCAAGGCUGGGGAAGGUCUUGCUUGCUACAACACUCAGGAGUGUGACGUCGGCUGCUGCUACGGACAUAAUGGUCAGUUGCUGGACAUGUCCACAUACGGCCCAGGUGGACCAAAGGAGUACCAGGUUUCAGGAAAAUGCUGGAUCCGCACCCCUGGACGUGGCGAUAGAUGUGAUGAUUUAUGUCCCUGCACCACAGGAUUCACGUGUGACCAAGAUUAUCAUCCCAUCUACCCAAGCAACCCGAAAUACGUUCAUGGGGGCAAACUGUUUGAGAAACCCCCAAGAAAAUGCAAAUCCGCCAAAAUUGUUAAAAUUAAACAAGCUGCAUUCUGGGAAUGUUACAAAGACCAUGCCUGUUCCGGUUUCCCGACGGUGUAAAGACACGGGAAGAAUGUCCGACAAAGUGAUUAGUGCUGUUCACAGCCAGAUGAUGUGACAUUUCUAUAGUAUUUUCUCAUGACUGUACGUAGCCAUGCUGAGCAUUGAUGUCGUGUUGUUCACAUUGUUAAACCGUCGUGGCCAUCUGUGAUAUGGAAGACUUAGGCUACUACGGAUGAUGGAUCUGUAUAUAUGAUACCCAUACAGUUCAGAGAUACGUCUAAUGGUCAUUUUCAUUUUUCUCGAUAUUUUGUAAAUCAUUUUGGAUCAUUUCUGCAAAGCUGAUUUAAAAGUACGCACUUAAUUCCCUCUACAUGUUUUCAAUUUGUUAUGACGUAAUGUUUACCGGUAGAAUUUUAUCCCUGUCUCCCUAAUUGUUCCAUGUUUUGAAAAGUGCUUUAAAGAACUCUUUAUGCAAUUAAAUUAGUUAUUGUUUUCUUAUAUUACGUUAACAUUAUCAUAUAUGCGGUUUGGAAGAUAAUUAAACAUUUGUGACAUGA